AUGGAGGUGGCCGAGAGCACAGAAGGCACCUCGGUUGGUCCGUCCACCGGGGUGGAUUCAACUCUCUCCAAUGGCGCACAAAAUCUUCUCUUCGACCAUCCUUCUCUGAUCGACGACGAUGGCCGAUCGAGUAGCUUGAGUGAAAUCGAUGAUAUGCCUUCCGACUAUGAGUCCCCCAAACCCGAGAAACUGGCGGAAAAUGACUCGGAGGCGGAAACGGAGCGCAUUGAGGAUUCCCCCAACCGCUUCCGCCCCGGGGCAACAAACAUUGUCGUGAGUUCGACUGGCGUCAACCCCAGUCCAAGCAAACUCGCCCAGUCAACCACCUAUGAUGACGUGGAAGACGAUGAGGAACAACUGGGAGACGAUUCCCCUAGCAAACCUCGAUCCAAAAACCCUCGAGCCACCGACGCCGCCGACGAGACCCCCGGCCUUGACGACUCCGCACUUUCCGAGGGUAUGGGGAAGAAAAGGAAACGGUUAGGGUCUGGCGACGAUGCAGGAACAGAGAUGGACGACGAAGAUGGGCCCCCUCAGAAGCGGCGCGGUUCCCUCCGGAGUGAGCUGAGCGACCCGCCGGCAGAAGACAUCACUCUCACGCCUGAGCCCAUGGAAGAAGAACCUUCCAAGGCUAAUGAAGAGGAAACACCCGCUGACGAUGUCCCUGAAUCCGAUCAUCCUGCCCCGCCCGCGAAGGGCAAAAAGAGCAAGAAGAGCAAGCGAAAAGUACGAAAACCUCGAGAUGCCGAUGAAGACGUGGAAGGCACCGCAGACACCGGGGCAGAAGGCGGCCCCGAUGAUCAGGCUGGGGACGACGAUACUGCAGAACGCGACGACGCCGACGACGCCGAAGCCGCCGCCAAGCUCGAGGAAGAAUGUAUGUUUUCACCCGUUGCUGCAUCUUCAAAUGUAUCUGACACUCGCACAGCAGCGAAACGGAUCUCCGCCAUGGAAUCCCUCUCCGUUCUUGAGAGAGAGUUUGCGACACUCCGCGACAAAAUCUACGACGAGCGAAUCUCCAAACUCAAUCGCGAACUGGAAAUGCUGAACGGACCCAACCCCACCCACCCCGAAUACCUACAGAACCUCGAGGUGAUCAAGCGCCAUCGUGACGCUAAGAUCAACUACGAACACACGCUGUUCCAGUACCGGAUCAAGGCUCUGAUGAACAAGAGUCUAGCCGAACGGGCGCAACUCCAUAGCACAUACUUUCAACGAGUCCGCGACAUUCGCGAGAAACACUCGAGCUCCAUCAGCAAACAGUUUUACGCCAUCCAGCAUGACCGCUUCAAGACAGACGAACUGAGUCCCCAACAUUAUAUUCCCUUUCCUACGCGCCGCUCGCAACAGAUCGCACAGCAGACGGCUUACAACCAGGAGGUGUCCAUCAUGGCUGGCGUGGCAAAAUACGUGGGCUUUCCAGCUGCGCCUUCACUAUCCGCCGCACGGCCGUCCGAGCUCGAAGAUGACUUGGAGAAGAUGGGCAUAUCCGUUGAGACCCGAGCACCGGCCUCCCAAUCGCAAGCAGCGCUCCCCCGCGGCGCUAUGCCCGCAAUGUCUUCGAGUGUCUAUCGGACCGCUGCGGAGGAGGCUUUCCUUGAACAAACGCCAUGGGCAAACCCACAACAUCCGAUCCACCAGCAACAGCAGCGACCUCCCAGUCAAGUUUAUGAGAAUCCACGAGCGCCAGCAUACACAACACCUGCCGCUCAGAAACGGGUUGUGGAUGUGAACGCGCCGAAUGGGUCGGCCUCCACCAUCGCCGAGAACUCUUCCGCGAACAAUACCCCCUACGACCAGGAGCAACCAUCCCAAAACUUAGGGCCAUUCGCCAACCCCGACUACGGCGCAGACCGAAGGUCAGGUUUUCGAUCCUUGAGCUCCUCGCCGCUCGACAUGCGGAAGCCCCAUCCCGCUGCGUACCAUGGGCUGGACCACCGCUCACCGCAAGGGGGCCUCCGAAACGCCGCCAAUGCUUAUUCUCCGCCUCCCGCCCGGCUGGGUCUCUUCCACACGUCCGCCGCGAAGCGGGAAUCGUCACCACCGCUGUCUUCUUCGAAACCUGUAAAUCCCCUUCAUCACCAGUCGAGCGGGCUACUCGGCGGGGCUGGGUCCAACCAAAUGGCAGCUCGAUAG